UACACCAGGGGAAAAGUGAUUUUCCUGAGGUGACAGAUGGCGAAACCACCACAGUGGUCCAGUCUCCGCCCAGUCGUCUCAUAUUCCCCGCCCCUUUCUGUGACAUCACCGGCGCUCCAGCCCCGCCCAGAUGCGAUGCGAGACGCUUUUGCCCAAGAACCACAAAGGAGCACAAAGUAACCAACUCAACACUACAACUGCGCGCUGCUUGGAUAAACAUAACUGGAAUGCAGAGCAGGAAAAAAAUUAAAAACUGCCAGUGUGUGAUUGUCAGUAUUGGAGCAAUGGUAAAAUAGCUUAACCAAUGCAAGAUGGCCGCCCACAGGAUCAGAGUAACCAACAACAACAAUGUGCUCCCUAGAUGUAAAUCAGAGGGCACUCUUAUUGACCUUGAUGAGGGACUGACUGAGGCGAGUCUCAUAGAUGUCAAAGUGCCUUCACCCAGUGCCUUGCGUUUGGCCCCCUCAACGUCAUUUGGGACUGCCCGGGAAGUGGUCGCCAUAAAGGAUUACUGUCCAUCCAGUUUUACCACUCUAAAGUUCUCCAAAGGCGAACAUCUCUAUGUGUUGGACACAUCUGGUGGGGAAUGGUGGUACGCCCACAACAACCGAGAAAUGGGAUACAUUCCUUCGACGUAUGUCCAACCGAUCAACUACAGGAACUCAUCUCUAAGUGACAGUGGGAUGAUUGACAAUAUUGGGGACUGCUCGGAGGAGGGAGCAAAAGAGCUGGACCUGCUGGGGGAGUGGACUGGAAUGUCGCUGAAGCCCCCCAUGCCUUAUGACAACAACAACCCCUUCUCCAUGCUCUCCUCAACCAACCCAUUCCUAAAUGGGUCCAUGGAUGAUGUCCUCGAUCAGAACAGUAAUGAGAAGACUAACCCAUGCAACAGCAUGGAUUUGCUUUUCUUUGACUUGCCUUCAGACCCCAUCUCCACCAACAGCAACACAAAAGGGUACAGCAAUAGUGUUUUUGAUGGGACAUCCACCAGCGCUGAUCUUGAAGCCUCGCAGAUGCUUCGCAAGGACAAUCCCUUUUUUCGAAGCAAAAGAUCUUACAGUUUAUCAGAGUUAUCAAUCUUACAAGCUCAGUCAAAUCCUCCAUUGCCUUCAUCAGGGUUUUUUACAGGACUUAAAGCACCCUCACCGGAGCAGUUUCAGAACAGAGAGGACUUUAGGACAGCCUGGCUAAACCAUCGAAAGUUGGCACGCUCUUGCCAUGACCUUGAGUCCCUUGGGCAGAACCCAGGCUGGGGUCAAACGCAACCAGUAGAGACUAACAUUGUCUGCAAGUUGGACAGCUUUGGAGGGGCAGUCCAGCUCCCAGAUACGCAUAUCAGUAUUCAUGUUCCCGAAGGCCAUGUUGUAGUGGGAGACACUCAGCAAAUCUCUAUGAAGGCUCUACUGGAUCCUCCUUUGGAGCUGAACAAUGACAGAUGCUCGACUGUCAGUCCAGUGGUUGAAAUCAAACUGAGUAACAUGGAGAUAAAGUCAUUCAUUACCUUAGAGAUGAAGGUAUCCGUCACGGCUAGGACAGAAAGUCCAAUGGCUGAGGUUUUGUGUGUCAGAAGUGACUGUAAAGAGGGUCCAUAUUCUCCUGUUCCACAAGCAUACAUUUAUGGUGAUACGAUUCAGGUUCAGCUGGACAACUUGGAGCCCUGCAUGUAUGUAGCCGUUGUUGUCCAGACCCAACAUGUUUCCUUCAAUUCAUCUGUUUGGGAUCAUAUGGUGAAGAAAGUGACAUUGGGCCUCUACGGGCCGAAACACAUUCAUCCAUCUUUUAAGACUGUGGUGGCCAUUUUUGGCCAUGACUGCGCUCCCAAGACUCUACUUGUCAGUGAGGUUGGGAAGCAAGCAAAGUCUGCCCCUCCGGUUUCACUACAACUGUGGGGAAAGCACCAGUUUGUCCUUGGCAGGCCUCAGGACUUGCUGAUAGGUAUGUACUCUAACAUGUCAAAUUAUGAUGUCAAGGCAAAUGAUCAGGCUAGGGUUGUUCGCGGGUUUCAGAUCAAACUAGGCAAGGUGAGCCGGCUCAUCUACAUGAUUACGUCUCGGAACGCUGAUGAGAUUUCCGACUUCACGUUACGUGUCCAGGUAAAAGAUGAUCAGGAUUGCAUCCUUGCACAAUUUUGCGUUCAAACACCACAGCCGCCCCCUAAAACUGGGGUACGGAACAGCGGCCAGAGGCGGUUCCUAAAGAAAAAGGAAGUUGAUAAAAUUAUUUUGUCUCCUCUGGCCAUCACCACCAAAUACCCACAGUUUCAAGAGCGCUGCAUUACCAACUUGAAAUUUGGCAAACUGAUCAAAACUGUUAUCAGGCAGACCAAGAAUCAGUACUUGCUGGAAUAUAAAAAAGGGGAUAUUAUCGCCCUACUCAGCGAGGAGAAGAUCAAACUCAAAGGACAACUAUGGACCAAAGAGUGGUACAUUGGAUACUAUCAGGGAAAGAUUGGGCUUGUACAUGUAAAAAAUGUGCUUGUCUUGGGAAAGGUCAAGCCUAUAUACUUUUGUGGGCCAGACCUAACAACCACAAUGCUGAUGGAACAAAUCCUGAAGCCCUGCAAGUUUCUAACUUACAUUUAUGCCUCUGUGAGGACAAUACUUAUGGAAAAUCUGGGAAACUGGCGAGCAUUUGCUGAUGCUCUGGGCUACGUGAAUCUUCCUUUGACGUAUUUUUGCAGAGCAGAUCUGGAUAGUGAACCAGAGAGGGUUGCCUCAGUGCUGGAGAAACUAAAGGAAGAUUGCCUCAACAUGGAGACCAAAGAGAAGAAAUCUUUUCAGAAGGAACUGAUGAUGGCUCUUCUGAAAAUAGAUUGUCAGGGUUUAGUGGCCCGACUCAUCAUGGACUUUGUGUUGCUGACGACGGCAGUGGAAGUGGCUCCUCGCUGGAGGGAACUUGCUGAAAAACUCGCCCAUGUAUCCAAACAACAAAUGGAGGCCUAUGAGGCUCCGCACAGAGACAAAACCGGGAUGGUGGAUAGUGAAGCCAUGUGGAAACCAGCCUACGACUUCCUGUUGACGUGGGCCGCUCAGAUUGGCGACAGUUACCGCGAUGUCAUCCACGAACUGCACAUGGGGCUGGACCGGAUGAAGAAUCCCAUCACCAAACGCUGGAAACACCUCACCGGCACCCUUAUCCUAGUCAAUUGCCUCGAAUUGCUUCGAAGCUCCGCCUUUAGCCCCGCCCCUCAGGAUGACUUUGCCAUUUAGUUCCACCUCCUCACAAAGCAACACCUCAGAAUUUCUGUUUCGACAUCACCUCGGGAGAAUGCUAAAUUCUAACGGAUAUAAACUUUUCUAUUUCACCGUCAGCUGUGAGUUUACCUCAAUCCAAUAACCGCGAGGACGUCCUGUACCCGCCCACGUCCAAAUAAGGGCAUGCGGAAAGCCAAUGAAGCCAAAACACUGAGUGUUUUAAGUGUAGCAAUUGUUUUUAGAGUUCUGAAGCUGUUUUUAUCAGUUUUGUUCUUUGCGAUAUCUAUAUUUUUUAUAUCGGAUGGCACAAAGGAAAUUUAUACAAUCACAUUUUUCAAGGACGAUUUUUUUCUGAAAAAAAAAAGAAGCAGAUUUAAUCUUGGUUCGUUACUAAAAACGAAGGUCUAUUUUGUGAUGUCACAUUUACCCACGUUUGUCUUGGUCUUGCAGUUCUGUAAUUUGUUGCCAAACGGUCGAGCCUUCCACAUUUGUGAUUUUUUAAAUUUUUUUCCACAAUCUUUAUUUGUUGCGUCAUAUUUGAUCGGUAGCUCUAUACGACGAAGAAGACGGAUUAGUAUUACUAGACACAUGAAACAACACAAACUGGUUACGUGGGAGGAACAAGCGUAUGGUGUGUUAAUGAGAUGGGAAGA